CUGGGAGCUGUAGUUCUGCCGGGGUCACGUGACGGGGCGGGGCUGGGCAGGACUCCAUCUCCCAGCGUGCUCAGCGGCGGAGCGGAGCCGGAGCGGCGCUCGGCCCACCCCUCCGGAUGCGGGGUCCCCUCCUGGCGGCUGCUGGCCGGGGGCUGCGGGCCAUGGGGGACGGCCCUCUGGCCCACGCCAUCCGUACCAAGCUGGAUGCAGCCCUGCAGCCCACCCACCUCCAAGUCCUGGAUGAAAGUUCCCGCCACGGUGGCCCCCCCGGUGCUGAAACCCAUUUUGCGGUGGUGGUGGUGAGCGGGCGUUUCGCCGGGUUGCCCCCGCUGCAGCGGCAUCGCCUGAUCCAUGCUGCCCUUCGCGCCGAACUGGCCGGACCCCUGCACGCUCUCGCCAUCGUCGCCAAGACCCCCCAACAAUGGGAAAGUGACCCCCAUGUCCCCCCCCGGCCCCCGUGUUUGGGGGGCUCCAAGCACGAGCGCCACGGCGAUGCGGCUGCUGGGGACAGGCAGUCACCCAGGAAUCAGUGACAGCAGCGCCAGGUGUCGUGUGUGUGUGUCCCCUCCUUCAGUGACGCCACAGUGGGGACAGAGCCCAAAUUUGGAGGGGGGGGGGCAAAAAUAUUGGGGUGACCCCCCCACCCCGCAUCACCCCAGCCACCCAAUGGGUCCCACCCUGACCACAUCAUCCACGCAGCCUCUCUCCCACCACCCGCUCCCACCUUGGGGGAGGAUUUCGGGGGUGUGUGUCAUGUCCAUCCCCCCCCCAAAUUACUUUAAUUUUUAAGUAGAUUGGCAAUCUCCUGCACGCGAAAAAAUAAAUGCUCCCUCAGGAGCAACUUGGAAA